GGGAAACACUUAAAUACAACUGGUGUCUUUCUUUUGAAAGAGGUAUGUGCACCACGGUGGUGUAUCCUUGAUAUGUUCAGGAUUCCACAGCAGUCCGGAAGUGCCGUUUUUAUUGUCUGUGGCGUUAUUCAGCGACAGAUAUAUCGGCAGAUCUUCACUUGUUGUAGCGUUAGCUCAGCUAAUGUUAGCUAACAUAGCCUGCUCACAGCCUGCUGACUGAGUUAACUUCAACGUGUCAACAUUACAAGCUAACAGGAAUUAACCAAAGAACUUCAGUGCUGGGAAUGCAGCCACCGCUCCCACCUGAGGCAGUCAGAGAGCUGGUGUGCUCCUGUCUGCACAGAGACCCAGUAGCAGCAGACCUCCGCUGCAGCCUGUUUGUUGCUGUUGCACAGAACUACAAGAGGGACUCUUUGCUCCGACCCUUCCCCCCGAGAUACAUAAGUGGUGACAAUAAGAACUUUGAGGAGCUGUUGGCAGAUGUGCAGUCUUUGCCUGGUGUGAGGGAGUUAGUGAGACUACGACCCAGAGACGGAGAUCAUCAUCUGGCUCUCACACACUGGAUUCUCUCGUCAAAGAGCUUUGCUGUAAAGACCCUACAGAAAGAUGAGUAUGCCAAACUUUGUAACUUGACGGAAAAUGAUGGGCUUUCUGCGCCAGUGCCUGACUUCCUGUUUGAGUUGGAGUACUGCGAUCAGAUGAAUGCCAGGUUUGAGAAGAUGAGGGAAGGUAGAGACGUCUUCUAUGCAUUCCACGGGAGCCGCCUGGAAAACUUUCACUCUAUCAUUCACAACGGGCUGCACUGCCACCUCAACAAGAACUCAGUGUUUGGAGAGGGCACCUACCUCACCAGUGACCUCAGCAUGGCUGUCCUCUACAGUCCCCACAGCAGCGGAUGGCGAGAAAGUCUUCUGGGUCCACUGCUCAGCUGUGUUGCCAUGUGUGAAGUCAUUGAUCACCCGGAUGUUAAGUGCCAGGUGAAGAAAAAAGAUUCUGAGAUUAUUGACCGUCAGCGCUCAAGAGCAAAGAACAGCGAAGGAGGGGACGUACCGCACAAGUACUUUGUAGUCACCAACAAUCAGCUUCUGCGAGUCAAGUACCUGCUUGUGUACUCUCAGAGGAAGCACCUGUCUAGACGUUCCCGCGGCACCUCCUGGCUCCUCAGACACCAUUUUGCCAUCAUGAUGAGUCUCUACUUUCUGCUGCUCAUAUUUAUCGGUGCCUUCAACUCCACCACCUUCGUAUCCUUUUGGAACAGACUGUUGAGGUGACAAUAAUCUUUUGUUUAUUAUCCACAGUGCCUUCCUGAUCAGAGACUGACUAGAGGCCGGAACAAAGAUAAUGUUUUAUGCACCUUUUGUACUGACUUCUCUCUACAAUCAUUCUUACUUCUGCAAAUAACCACACUUGCUGUUAUUCCAAGAUAACAUAUGUUUUCAAAGAGCAAAUAGUGGGAUGAUGCUGUGUAUUAAUUUGUUUAAAUGGAUAAUAAGACCAUUUUGCAUUAUACAAAAUGUUAUGCAAUGUUUCACCUGUAAUUUGUUUGGUUUAGUAAACAUCCUGUUUUUUAGAUGAUAUCGGUAUGUUUUAGUUCUGCGAGGACAGAGUCUCACUAAC